GAGAGACCCAUAGUAUAUAAGCACGCUCUCUGCAUCCUGCAGUCCAUUUCAUUCUCUUUGGGUCCAGUCAGCAGGGGAAGCAGAGGAUGAAGCUCCUGUUCGCAACCGCCUUCGUGCUUUUUGUGCUGUCCAACUUUGAUCAUGCUGACUCUUCAGCCUAUGAUAAAAUUGUGGCCCACAGCCGCAUCAGGGCAAAGAAGGAGGGCCCUAAUGUCUGUGCUCUGCAGCAAGUCAUGGGGACCAAGAAGAAGUACUUCAGCACUUGCCGUAAUUGGUACCAAGGGGCCAUCUGCGGAAAGAAAGCGACCGUGCUGUAUGAGUGCUGCCCGGGCUACAUGAAGCUGGAUGGCAUGCGUGGAUGUCCUGCAGUGAUGCCAAUUGAUAACGUGUACGGCACUCUUGGAUUGGUGAAGGCUAUUACCACCCAAGACUACUCGGACCGUUCCCAACUAAGGGAAGAGAUUGAGGGAACUGGAUCCUACACAUUCUUCGCCCCCAGCAACGAGGCUUGGGAUCUUCUGGAGCCAGAAAUAAGAAAUUCACUGGUUAGCAAUGUUAACAUCGAGUUGUACAAUGCCCUGCACUAUCACAUGAUCAACAAACGUCUGCUGACUAAGGAUCUGAAGAACGGCAUGAUAGUCCCCUCCAUGUACAACGACCUCAACCUGCAGAUAAACCACUACCCCAAUGGGAUUGUCACAGUGAACUGCGCCAGGAUCAUCCAUGGCAACCAGGUGGCCACAAACGGCGUGGUGCACGUCAUUGACCGUGUCAUCACAGCUGUGGGAAGGACCAUCCAGGACGUGAUCGAGACAGAGGAUGACCUCAGCUCCCUGAUGACUGCCGCCUCUGCCUCUGGUCUGCUGGACAAACUGGGCGAGCCCGGACACUACACCAUGUUCGCCCCGACAAACGAAGCCUUCGACAAAAUCAACAGCGACAUUCUGGAGAGGAUCAUGGGAGACCAGACUGCUCUCCAAGCCCUGCUCAACUUCCACCUGCUGAACACACUGCAAUGCUCCGAGGCCAUCAUGUCAGGGGCCUCCUACGAGACCCUUGAGGGCACCAACAUCGAGAUUGGCUGCGACGGCGACAGCGUGACCGUGAACGGCGUCAAGAUGGUCCUGAAGAAGGACAUUGUGACCAGCAAUGGUGUUGUUCAUCUUAUUGAUCAGGUCCUCAUGCCAGACUCAGCUAAACAGGUGGUGGAGCUGGUGGGCGCCUCCCAGUCGACAUUUGGCGACAUGCUGUUUGAGUUGGGUCUGGCCGCAUCCAUGAGACCUCAGGCCGAGUACACACUUCUGGCUCCCAUGAAUAAAGCCUUUACCGACGAGAUUAUGGGCAUGGACCAGCGCCUGCUGAAGAUCAUCCUAGAGAACCACGUUCUGAAGGAGAAGAUUGUGCUCAGCCAGCUGUACAACGGCCAGCUUUUGGAGACCAUCUCCGGAAAGUUCCUCAGGGUGUUCAUCUACAGAACUGCUGUCUGCAUUGAGAAUUCCUGUCUGGUGAGAGGCAGUAAGGAGGGAAGCAACGGGGCCCUUCACCUUAUGGCUGCCUUCCUCAAGCCUGCAGAGUCAUCCAUGUACAAGAUCCUCUACGACAACGGAAACUUCAAGAUAUUCCUGAACCUGAUGGAGGUUGCAGGCUUGACUGAUUUGCUGAAGCAGGAGGGAGACUUCACCUUGUUUGCCCCGACUGACGAAGCCUUUGCUGGCCUGAGCCAACGUGACAUUGACAUGCUGACAAGGGACACUGAUGCCCUGCGUACAAUCCUGCUCUACCACAUCAGCAAUGGCGUCUUCAUCGGUGGUGGACUGGAGACUGGUGUCACCAACCUCUUUAAGACACUGCAGGGAAAUAACCUGAAGGUUAUGCUUGUGAACAACAGUAUGCAGGUGAACACCGUCAAGGUUCCGGAGUCUGACAUUAUGGCCACCAAUGGAGUCGUUCACUUUGUUAAGAGCCUUCUGUACCCUGGAGAGACGCCAGUUGGAAGCCAGGACCUGUUAACGCUACUGAGGAGGAUCAUUAAGUACAUUGAGAUCAGGUAUGUGCCUGGAUACAGAUACCAGGAGAUUCCACUGACGUUUAUGAAGAGGACCAUUACUCGUGUUAUCGAAAGAGAGCCUGAGGUCACCAAAAUCACCAGGGUGAUUGAGGGUGAACCCACAUUCACCAAAGUUACAAGAGUCAUCGAAGGGGAGCCCAAAUUCACCAAAGUUACCAGAGUCAUUGAAGGACAGCCCUCCAUCACAAAGGUCACACGUGUUAUUGAGGGUGAACCAACCAUGACAAGGGUUGUUGUCUCAGGUUCUGAUGUAGAUGCAGGAAGUUUCGACUUCUCCAGCAUCUCAAACCUCGAGGGUAAUUCCCAGCUGACCGACGCAGAAUCAGACAGACUCAGCAAGAUGAUUCAAGCGGGAUCAGGCGUGAGGCGUGUUCCUAGCAGAAGAGUUCAGAGUGGAACCAGAAGAAGAACCAGACUGGCUGAGCCCCAGGCGUCAGUGUAAGGAGUGCAAGGACAAUCUGGCCAAGCAAAUCCUGGGAAAAAAAAAUGACUUCAGCUAGCUGAAGUGAAUAUCUGCAUCCCCGCAGGCAAAAGGGCUUGCAGAUCGAACUUGUUUAAUUGACCUAAAAAUCGGAUUAAUUGUGUUCAAUUUAAUGUGAAUGCUGAAAGUGGUUCAAAAGUGGUUUGGUUCCAUCAAGUUGUCCAAGUGGUAUGUAAAUAUUGUAAACUGGUCCACUGAGGUUUUGCAAAUGGGGAAAGACUGUUCUGAUCACCAAGAAUAGACGGAUCACUAUUGUCAAAGACUAUCAGUAGAAGUCCGGCUAGGAUAUACCUCUGCAUGGUUUAUGGUGCUAUUUCGUUGGGAAAAAAUGCUUAAGAUAAUUAUUGGGUACAUUUUGUUUUGUUGGAAAUCCUUGACUUUUGCCAAGUUUUGCCCCAUUAUCUUAUUUUCCCCAAUAGUUGGGCUUUCUGCAUCCUUUUCUACAGCUGAGGUGUCUAUACAAAUGGUCCCUGUGAAGACUGCAUUUCAACGUUUCCAUUAUGUUGUUGUUGUUGUUGCUGUUAUCUUGAUGUACACAGCCACACAACAUGUGUUAACAGUUUUGUUCCAAUGUUCACAAAGUGCCCAAUAAAACAUGUCCCUUGUUUGAGCUCCGUCA